CGUGGUAAACACUCUCUCCGCUCUGAGGCUCCACAGCUCCGGCUCUCUCUGCUGCUCCUACCCGACCUGAGGCCGGGGACAUGAGCUCCACUUGCGCCCUUCACAUCGCACCGUGAACGGGCUCUGUUUACCGGACACUCAGGACACCGUGCCCCGGUGUUUACAGCUCGGUGUCGGACCCCCUUUACCCCUAUUCACCGGGACCAUGGCGGAGAGAAGUGGCCGGUUGAGUUUCGCCGGCAGCGGGGCUCUCAACAGACCGGUGCCCAUGAACCUGUUCGCCACAUGGGAGAUCGACGGCUCCUCCCCGAACUGCGUCCCCAGGCUGUGCACGCUGACUCUGAAGAAGCUGGUGGUGAUGAGAGAAAUCGACAAGGAGCUCAUCUCUGUGGUGAUCGCCGUCAAAAUACAGGGCUCGAAGCGUAUCCUGCGCUCUCAUGAGAUCGUGCUGCCGCCCGGAGGCUCCGUGGAGACCGACCUCGCUCUCACCUUCUCCCUGCAGUACCCUCACUUCCUGAAGCGCGAGGGGAACAAGCUGCAGAUCCUGCUGCAGAGGAGGAAGAGGUACAAGAACAGAACCAUCCUGGGGUACAAGACGCUCGCGGGGGGGUCCAUCGACAUGGCAGAGGUGAUGCAGCACCCCCCAGAGGGAGGCCAGGUUCUCCCGCUCUGCUCCCAUCAGAAGGAGCUCCAGGGGAAGGUGGCGGAGAUCUGGAUCUUCUCUCUGAGCAGCCAGCCCAUCGACCACGAGGAGGCGGCGCUCAGCGAGGGACCCAAGAUCAAAUGCUCAGAUAACUACUCAGAGGAAGAGUACGAGAGCUUCUCCUCAGAGCAGGAGGCCAGCGACGACGCCGUGCAGGGACAGGAUCUGGAGGAUGACGAGUACGACGUGAGGAAGCCGAAGAAGCAGAGGAGGUCCAUCGUGAGGACGACGUCCAUCACCAGACAGCAGAACUUCAAGCAGAGAGUCGUCGCCCUGCUGAAGCGCUUCAGAGUCUCAGAAGAGGUGCUGGACUCGGAGCAGGACCCUGCAGAGCCCCCCCCCGAGGUGGAGGAGGAGGAUCUGGAUCUGGACAGCGUGGAGUUUGAGAACCCGAGCGACAGCGGGCCGGAGCUGGACGACGACGACAGCGUCCUGAGCACGCCCAAACCCAAACUCAAGCCAUAUUUCGAGGGUGUUUCUCUCUCCAGCUCUCAGACGGAGAUCGGCAGCCUCCACAGCGUCCGAAGCCACCGAGAGCCCCCGAGCCCGAUUGACCCAGAUAAAACAAAGAGUGCCGGGCUCAAAUUUCCAGAUGACGCCGUGUCGGAUAUCGUCUCCUUUGAUGAGCCGGAGGCGGUGACCCCCACCACGGAGCUGGAGAUGGACAACAUGGACACGUUUCUGGAGAGACUUCCUCCCAUCGGCAAGAUGACGAAGACAGAGUCUCUAAUAAUCUCCUCAAACAGGCAGGAGCCGAAGUUGGCGGGGCGUCGCGGUCGGAGUACGUCACUGAAGGAGCGCCAGCCGAGCCGACCGCAGAACGAGAGAGCGAACAGUCUGGACAACGAGCGGUCGCUGGACACACGCUGCCACCUGCAGAUCCCCAGGAAGACGGUGUACGAUCAGCUGAAUCACAUCCUGGUCUCUGAUAACCAGCUCCCCGACAGCAUCAUCCUCAUUAACACCUCCGACUGGCAGGGCCAGUAUCUGUCCGACCUGCUGCAGAACCAGCAGCUCCCAGUGGUCUGCACCUGCACCACGGCCGACAUCCAGGCCGCCUUAAACACCAUCGUGUCCCGCAUCCAGAGAUUUUGUAACUGUAACUCUCAGACGCCGGUCCCCAUAAAGAUCGCGGUGGCCGGAGCGCAGCACUACCUGAGCGCCGUGCUGAGGCUGUUCGUGGACCAUCUCUCCCACAAGACCCCCGACUGGCUCGGAUACAUGAGGUUCCUCGUCAUACCGCUGGGUGCUCAUCCGGUCUCCAAAUAUCUCGGCACGAUCGACUAUCGAUACAACAGUUUGUUUCAGGACGCAGCGUGGAGAGACCUGUUCCACAAACCAGAGGCUCCUGUUGUUGCUCAGGAGAACCUGGACGUGGUCUCGAGGGUCACUCAAUACAUGGUGGGAGCCAACGGAGCCCACCAGCUGCCCAUCGCUGAGGCCAUGCUCACCUACAAACAGAAGAGGAAAAAGAGCUUUCAUUUUGAUUUUGCAGUAAGUCGCUCUGUUUCUUCCCUGGGGGGGCGCUGGCAGGUUUCUCCAAGCCCGGACGAGGACUCGUGUCAGAAAUUCAUCCCUUUUAUCGGAAUGGUGAAAGUCGGCCUCGUGGAGCAAACAUCUGCAGCAUCAGGAGACUCUGAUGACGCGACUCCCCUCGGCUCCUCGCUGCUCUCCUCCCCACAACAGGUGUCCCCCGCCCUCAAAGAGGCGUCGCCCACCCCUCCCUCCUCACCCUCCAUCACCACCAGCUUCUGUGCUUACAGCUCUGCAGGUGGGCUGGAGCUGAUGGGGCUGCAGGUGGAUUACUGGCAGGCUCCGGCGGAGAGGAAGAAGGACGUGGAGAAGCGGGAUUCCUCCUCCAAAAAUACGCUGAAGUGCAAUUUCCGCUCGCUGCAGGUCAGCCGGCUGCCGCUGGGGGGGGCAGAGCCGAACCCUCAACCCACCAUGAGUAUGACGGUGGUGACCAAGGAGAAGAACAAGAAGGUCAUGUUCCUGCCAAAAAAGAGCAAAGACAAGGAGGUGGAGUCCAAGAGUCAGUUGAUCGAGGGCAUCAGCCGCCUGAUCUGCACUGCCAAGCACCAGCAGACCAUGCUGAGGGUCCUGAUAGAUGGCGUGGAGUGGAACGACGUGAAGUUUUUCCAGCUGGCGGCGCAGUGGUCGUCUCACGUGAAGCACUUCCCGAUCGGGAUCUUUGGACACACCAAGGGCCCCUACUAGAGACUGAGACCCCUUUAACCCCCUCCUCACACUUCUUUAUUCUGUGUCUUAAUUUAAGCUUUUUGCAUUUUUAUUUAAUCUUUUGCGUGUUUUUUUUAUUUUAUAUUUAUGUUAAAAACGUCUCGAGGCAACGCCGCCGAGGGAAUCUUUCUUUACUCCGCUUUUUAAAUGAGAAUAAAAUAUCCUGCUGAUAUUUUAUAGGAACAAAAUAAUCAGUAAAUAAUAAUUAGACGUAUUAUUUUUAACAUACUGUGUCCAGGUUUUCGCCAUCUGCCAUUGUUUUAAUUUCGUGUGGCUGGUUUUAGUCACUAGGCCGCUAUAUAUAUAAAAUACAAGAGCAGCUGCCUUGUGAUGAGGUGGAAGACGUUCAUCUUGAAGAAAUUUGGGAUUUUCAACUUUGAUUCUUAACCCUGAAGAAGAAAACGCUUCGGCACUAAAUGAAGAUUAUGUGCAAUAGACUGAAAACUGUGUGAAUGAAUAAUAACCUGGCACUGAUUGAAGAUGACACACUGAUUUUGAACCUCUUAUCUACUUAACUUCCUCUUGAAAUUGGCUUGAGUCUUGCUCCAAAGUGAGAAAUGGAAGAAAGAAAAUGAAAGAAAAUAUUAAUAGCACAAAAUCAAAUGCUUUUUAGACGAUAGUACGGACUGAUAUUUGGGGAAAUUUGCUUUGUAUCCAAAAGUUAAAUGAGAAAAUACCUACAGCUAGUUAGCUUAGCUAAGCACAAAGACUGGAGACAAUGGGAAAAAGCUAGCCAGGCUAUAAAAACAUAAAAUAACAAAAAGUAGUUUAUUGACAUGCAUUGUCUUUUUUGUGUUUUCUGUACGAAAACCGUAAGACAAGACAAGUUGUCGUUUUCUGGUGGGGUUUACACAAAAUAGUCCAGCACAUAGUCCAACCCCCUAAAUAAACUCAUUUUGUCCUCUUAUAUGAUCCAGUUUUUGUAUGGAUUACACAAAAGAGAAAUCAAAUAUUUGAUAUUUGACCUUUCACUUUGUUUGAAGUCUUUAUGCUAAGCUAAGCUGCUGCUAACAGCUAGCCUGGCUCUGAUAAAAAAGGAAAUAUAUCCACCUACCAGCAUCUGUAAAGCUCACUGAACAACAUUUUAUAUCACCUAUGUUAAUCUGUACAAAACCAGAGUGUAAAAAGGACAAACUGUGGUUUUACACAGAGCCAUGCUAGCUGUUUCCCUCCAUUUCCAGUCUUUGUGCUAAGCUAAGCUAGGCUAACCAGUUGCUAGCUAUAGCUGCACUUGGCUAGGAGAGAUGUUCUCAUCUAACUCUCAUUAAAGAAGUACUUCACAAACAAAAUCAACAUUUAUAUAUCAUUAACUCACCCUGUUAUCUUGAAUUCUUGGAGAAACUGUGUUUUUUCUGUGGCAAUACAUAGAUGAAAGUAAAUGGGGGCCACAUUUA